UCAACGGGUCGGUGGUGGACCUAAAGACUUGGCAACCCAGCUCAAGCCCGUCUCCUCCUCCUCUUGUCAACCGCAACGUUAUCCGCAUCACCCCCUUCCGUAGGAGAAACGGACUGAGGUGCUCAGCUGACGCCGGUCGCCUCGCAGUGGCAAGUGCCCGAGCGAUGCAGCAGAUAAUCAGCGCCUGCAAGCUGCCUCACACGCAACGGGCCGCCGCGUUCCUGCCGCCGAGGCCAUCGCUCAGGCGCCUUCCAGUCCCAGCAGGAGGUGCGCCGCCGCCGCGGCGAUUGGUGGUCAGGAGGAGAUGCCAGGAAGAGAAUAAGCAGCAGCAAGAGGCCGAGGAGGGAAGCGGCGCUGACGAGCAGGAGCAGCAGAAGAGAACGUUCCUGAGCCUGGAGGAGGCCGGGCUGGUGGAGAUGUCCGGACUCAGCACGCACGAGCGCUUCCUCUGCCGCCUCACCAUAUCGUCUCUGAACCUCCUGAGAGUGAUCUCGGAGCAGGAGGGCGUCCCGAUAGAGGAGCUCAACGCCGGGCGCGUCUGCGACUGGUUCCUCAAGGACAAGCUCAAGAGAGAGCAGAACGUCGGCACCGCCGUCUUGCAGUGGGACGACCCUGGCUUCUAGCUAGUUCCAGCUUCGUUCUGAGCCAAUGAUCAUGCUAUUCUACACUGCAGCGCACGCAGGGGCUAUAUAUUUCAGGGCUUCAGGCCCUUCACGGGAUGAGCAACCAAUGCCACAUGUUCAGUAAUCUCAGAAUUUCAGUUUCAAGAAUGGGCGCAUCAAUCCUGGCCAUUCCAUUUAUAUAUCUUUCGGUUUGGUUUCAUCUUUACAAAUUUUCUGUAGCGACGAACAUUUUUCCUGUGCGGAAAAUGGGAAAGGAAUUUACGGGUAAACUGAUUUUGGGAGAUAGAUCGAGUUUCUUGCAAAUAAAUUCUGUCAGCUCCAAUUUA